ACUGGAGCCACCCAAGCACACCUCUUCUGACUUAAAAUAAAAUAAAUUCUGGUGUAAAUUUUUGAUGUGGGAAAAAUCAUGUUUGCCUUAAAACCGGUGGCUUGGGAAUAUUUGAAGAAAAGUCCUGUUAGGAAAAGGAAGGUUGUAGGGAAGGAAGGGGAAGGAAAAGCACCAUGAGGCACGGCCCUUCUGUCUGUAGAAGGACUUUUCAUCCUGGAAGGGGCUCAGUGAUCCCCCCUCGUGGGUGGAAUGGGGGAAAGUGUGUCUCGGGGUUCCUGGGGGUCCUUACACUGGUGGCCUGUGGACAAAGGCAACAGAAGCAAGUUGCUCGUGUGCUUAUGAGCCUUGCCCUGCCCAGACCCUUCGCCCUGGUGGCCACUCUGUCCAGGCGAGUGGCUGGAGCCUGUGUUCCGGGAAGACAGCCACGCCGGGAGCAGGUCGAACACCCCCUGAUGCUGCUGCCUCCCUCUCCGAGCUCCCACCCUUGAUCCGAGGAGGUGAGCCGUGCACAUCUCCAUCACCACAGUCUGUGAAAACUUUGUCAGGUGACUUGGUAAACCCUACUUUGUCCUCUUUCUCCCAGAUUCUAGGGAGACCAGUGAUGGCACGUGUCCUGCAGAAAGACCGGUUUUUCUUGGUGCUGGUGUAACUUGCAUCGCCUGUUAGCUCCCAAUUUCUUUGGCGCUCUGAUACUCCCCCGGCCCCUCAGAGGGCAGGCCACCACUGCAGCCCUGAACCUGGCACACUGCAGCCAAGAGCGGUGGCCGGGAACCUGGCCAUCUGCACUGGACACGGGGCGUGAGGACUAGGUGAAGUAGCCACCGCCCAGGGGGGUCCGUGCGCCGGGCGAGGCCCACGGCCACGGCCACCCGGGGUGCCCGGCCACCAACGUGGUGUCCAGAGUUUGGAGGAUUUCCAGUUUUUCAGGCUGAGAUGGGACCUUGAGAAAGUCCCUUGUGUUGAUUUGCAUUGUAAAUGAGCUGCGCUGGUAUCUCUAAUUCAAGUUUUCUUACCGGGGCACUUGUAUAUACUUGCUGGUCUUUAUGAAGUCCCUGCGUGGGGAGAGAUGCAGGGGGCAUGAGGUAAGAAGCGCGCAGCCCCUCUCCCGAUACUCUCUCGCCUGCUUCCACGAAGGUAACCAGUGUGAUGGGUUCUUUUGGGCAGAGGCAAACCUGUGGUGUUUGUGCGAUUUUGUUCCCCGCAAUGAGAGCACGUUGUGUUCGCUAACUGGCCUUUUUCUUAAAUCCAUGUGGGAAAAUAGUGGCUCCCGGUACCCCAUCAUAAAAACUUGCAGGUGUAGUAAAGACCUAGGUAGGAAAAAGAAAACUCGAAACUUUCAGAGUACAGAACUUUUAUGCCUUUUGCUGGGACUGCCUUUUGUGGGUAAUGAACCCCCAGUAUCUAUCCAUUUUGGGGAGUGUGGGCUGCCCGUGUGGGGCAGCCGCAUAAAUAUCCCACUGGUGGAAAGCAUCAGGUUAUUUCAGGGCUGGGGGGGGGGGGGCAGUUGGUAUUGCAGAGGCUCUGGUGAGUAUCCUGUAUGCAACCAGGUAGGUAUUGCUGUACGAUUUAUUUCUAGAAAUGUGUGUUUUAAUUUGAUGGAAUUUGCCAGAGUCCCAGAAAACAUUUUAGAAGUAACGUUCUUGACGAUACUGCACUUCUAGUUUUUCGAGAAAAGGAGUCUCGGUCUGAAUGCUGUCUGCAGCCUUUCCCUCGUUACUGGUGUGCACACACCCAUGCCGUGGACUCCCCGUGGACUCCUCAGGCAGUUGUGGCAGUGCACACCCGCUGGCCACUGGCUCAUAAAGCAAGUGGAGCUGGCCUCAGUGUCCCCCCAGGACCUCCUCUCUGGCUCUGCUUUUCCCCCUGCAAUUCCGCAAAGCAAAGGUGCCCGGCCCCGACUGGGUCGGGCAGGCUGCCUCUCUCUCCAGCUCCUGGGUGCUGGUGCCAGGCGUCCGGCCCGGCUCCGGGCAGAGGGGACAAUUGCUGAGGCAGUGCUCCGGGCACUGGUUGGUGCUCUGAGGGCCCCAAGUCUUGGAGUGCAGUGCCUGGGGAGGGGGGGGGGUCGGGUAGCCAGCAGGCUGGUGGCCUCGUGCGUGGUUCUGUGGGUGUCUGCUUCGUGUCCAGUAGCAGGGGAGAACUGGUCUCAGCUCGGUGCCGUCAGUCACGAGACACACAUUGAUUGCUGUGCCUGAGGCUUUCUCGUAUGGAGCCAGUCAAGCUUACGGAAGAGGAGAGUCAACAGUCAGGGCCCCCUGAGACUACUUGCCAUUCCCUGUACCGUGGUCCCCUGGCCUUGCCGUCAUCGUGUCUGGAGAGCAGUCGGGAGGAGAGGCCAGGGGACCCUCCCUUCUGGGCCUUCAGUCCCCAGGGAAGCCCUGCUUCCCUCGUAAACACAGCAAAUUGCAUCGUUUGUGUUUUACACAUGCUUUUACAGAGCUGCUUUAGUUGUGCAGUUUCCUUUUUGGCCACCCGCCUGUUUCUCUUUCCCCUGGGCGGAUAGACCUCUCAGGAGACCCUGAUGGGCUCUGCCCCCACUCCCUGUCCUUGCCCACAAGUGAUGCACAAUGUGGCAGGGCUGCUGCUCCUUCAGUGGUCCUGGCUCCCCCUGCCCUCGAGGAGGCUUCCCAGAGUGCCCGUGCCCACCCAGUUGAGCUGACUUGGAUCCUGUCCUAACCCCCCCCCCCUUCCCACAGUGCUGCACACCUCCCCCGCCCAGUCUUUACGCCCCCCCGGGUUGGUGGCAUCUGCCUGAGGCUCUGGCCCCUUCAGAGGUGGGGCUGGCGUGAUGCUGCUGUCGUAGGUUAACCAAAUCCCGUUAGAGCGUUUGUAAAAGGCUAGUAGUUGAAGUUCUUGUGGAAGUCAUAAUGGGCCCCCACGGCACUUAGUUCCUAUGUCAGAAAACCCAGGACAACACCCACAUUGUCCCACGGGAAGACCUCACAGUUGACAACAGCAAGUGUCUUUCUCUUAGCUAGAAUAAAAUCCGUUAAGGGCGGUCGCUACUUAUCCCGGGGAAACAGGACUCGGGGUAACGGGCAACGCAGGCCACGCUGGCUGCUCCCUUUGCCCAGCCUGUGCCUUCCACGGCCGCACAUGUCGUAGCCGACACUCGGCUAAGCAAAUGAGCUCCAUCCACACUGUUCAGCUGCCAGGGGACCAAGUGCUGAGGCGCACCGCUCCCUGGAUGAAGCUUGAAACCCUGUGAGUGAAAGACACACACCCACAACCGUGUGCUCUGUGCUUCUGUCGGUAGGAAACCUUCAGAAGCAGACCUUGCAGACAGGAGGUGGAGCCCGGGGGGAGAGGGAGCCUUCCUGAGCUGAUGGAACCAUUCUCAUGUGGGUGGUGAUGGUUGCAAACUGAAUACGCCCACUGCAAGUGGGUGAAGCGUGCGGUACGUGAAUUACACGUGGGGGGUGAUGGGCUAGCGUGUGGGGCCGCCAGAAGCCCUGCCUGACCCUCAGGACCCCAGAUGUGGGCACUACUGUUCACUGGGCAUCAGCUACGCGUCGGUCACUGGGUCCUGACCCUCGUGUUACAGAUGAGGAAACUUACAAGGAGGGGGACCAAAGCCUGCGCCCACCUGGUGUGACCCCACGGGCUCACCACAGACCCCCUGCUCUCCAGGCUGCUCUCGCUGGGGGCUGGUCUCCUUGCUGAGGCCUUCUCCCUGCCGGCCUCGUGCUCCUAGGUCCAUCCCAUGCUGUGUGGCGGCCUGGUGGUCAUGGUUUGCCUUCUCCCAGGUCUCCCUGCGGCUGGGGCCUUGACACUCCCUAGCCACUGCUCUUGGGGUCACAAUGGGACAGGUCCCAGCACGAUGCUUCCCUGACCCCCUCCCUUCUGGUGGCAGUUUACUGCCCCGGGCUCAGCCAGCACGGCUCCCUAACCUCACAGGGCUGGCUGUGGCCUCCAUGACCCUCCUGCCAUGUCCUAGGGCUUCCUUCCCACCUGCCAUCUGCUAGCACCCAGCCCUCCCCAGUGGGUCCCUGCUCCUCACUCCAGAUGUGGGACAGGGACAGGACGGUCACCUGGGCCUCAUCGCUGGUCUCACUUCUCUGGGCUGGGCAUAGGCCUCCCCUUCUCUCCCACUCUUCCCGAACUCCCACCUCCCGGACCUCAUGGAGGUCCUGUGGCCCAGCAGGUUCCUUCUCCAAGGCACUCAGAUGGCUUUCCACCCCACCAUGGGACCUCAGCCCCAGCUAGAUCCGUCCAUUUGGGUCUUUAGGUCCCUAAGUGCACAGCCUCCUGGUUUCUCAGAUUGGCCAGGGGUGCCUCACCCCGUGGACUUUGCACUUGCUGCUUCUUCAAGCUUUUGCACACUCUCCCUCACUUCUCCCAAAACUCUUCAGACACCACAUAAGCCUCAGGCCACCCGCUUACCCUGUGUAAGCAGAAAAUCAGUCCUGACUGCGCUCUGCUGUCUUUUUCUCUGUAACACGUCUGAUCUGACGUGGUCUGUCUCCUUCCAUGGGCUACACAUCCCUGAGGUGGGGGGGUUAUCUCAGCAAAUGUGGACACCCCAAGAAGGAGGACCCAGGAGUGCCAGCAGGAUGCAAACCCGUGGUUCAGAAGCCAGGCCUGGGUGUCACGCAGAAGGGGGUCUUGGUGGUGUUCAGAGCCCCACCCCUUGCACUUGGGGUCCUUGCACUCCUCGACCAUGUGAGAGUCCCUCCACCUUACAGCUGCCAGCAUCGCCACCCUGCUCCCUCUGUGAUGUCAUGGGGUCUGUGUGACAUCACAGCGGGCAGGGCGGGCCCACCACUGGAGCUAGGUCCCACUGGUGGGAGCGGUGGAGGGAGGAGGUGCAAGUUUGUUGGAUCCAAAGUUGUCCACUUGAAGUGGAACUGUGGGACCGUGCGGCUGAGCAGGCUCAGUGGGGGACGUGGUUGCCAGGUGAGACCGGGGUCCGCUCUGCCCAGCCCCACCCCUGUCACUAGACCGACCACGGCCGCCAGCCCCCCGGCGAGGUCCCACCUGGGCUGACCUGUUGUCUCCCCCAGGUUCUUCGACCCCCGCGUCUCCGUCAGCUGCUACGAUGAGAUAUGCGCCAGAAUUAAAGAUCCCUUCUCACCUCCUGAAGAAAUUUGCAGUGUGUGACAUUCCUCUCUACAACAUAUGUGACUACAACAUCACCAGAGACCGGUGCAAGGAACUCGGGUGCUGCUUCUACAAAGGCGUGUGCUAUGAAAAAGCGGUUCCCAUAAUCUAUGUGCAGGUGUUUUCUGCCUUGAUCGUGAUCAUUGCUGGGGCCUUUGUCAUCACUAUCAUUUACAGAGUUGUUCAGGAGAGUAGGAGAGAAAAGGAACUCCGCACGGAACUGCUUCCGUCACCCAUGUCCAGCGAUCAAGUGGAAUUGACGCUCUCCGGCGAGCAGGUGGGGUCCAAGCCUGGGAGUGCGGAGCCGUUGAACAGGAGCAAGGACAGCAAGGAGGAGGAAGAGGAUGCAACACUGACAAUAAUGGAUGGAAGAAGAAACCGAGGACUGAGGUGCACGGCAGAGGCAGAGUGAAGGUUGGCAGAAACACCCAAGUGAAAUGGUCCAGCUGGCGAACCGCUGUGAAGUGUGUGAUAGAAACAGCAUCAAUGACGAGACAAUAAAGGAAAUGGUAACGGACACAGAGGACGCCCGUGUAAUUGGAAAGCCAGCUGAGAUCUGAGGCGGCUGAGGACGGGGAGGAAGCAUUCUCUGCACAAUGGCGUUGGUUGAAGGUUUGUAUAUAAGGUGGCCUUAUUAAAGUGACAAGGCGAUUUAAUCCUUUGUGCACGAUGAUUCUACUUCAUUGAUUUACAAUGGGAAGGAUAUAAUUUUGCUAGUGUUGGCAAAAAGCUCAAAUGUCAGCCUUUUCAAAUUACCAUACUUGCCUUGUUCAGGAUGAAUAAUGAAUAAGUCACCUUUUGUCUACAGGUAAAUAUUCUUGAAUAAAUACAAGAACAUAAAAGACAUAAAUGAUGGCCUGAUUUAUAUUUAAAAUAAAGAUCACAUUGUGAUAAAUGGUUGAAAACGCUGUGUGUGUAGCAAUAUGACUCUCCUGAUAUUACAUUAUCGAUGAGGGAGCAGCCCAGGUGUAGGACGGCUGUCGGGACACACACCGCUCACUGCAGAGGCCGCGUCAGGCUGUGGUCCCUAAGGGCUUCGUGAGGGGCAGCCCGGGGCCCCAACAGACCCCCCCCAUCAUGUGCCCCCAAAGUCCAUGAAGGGCCGGGAGCCCCGGGACCCUGGGACCCCGGGACCCUCGGCGCCAGGAGGCACGGAGGCUGAUUCACCCGGGGCCGAGGGUGGCUCUCUGUCACUUUGGGACAAGUUUGUAAGAAAUGCUAGACGAGAGCAGGAGAGCAGCCUCAUCGGGAAACUUGGCAAAUCUGCGGUUGAACAACUGGCAUACCUGUACGGUCGAAUUCCGUGCAGCUGCUGCGGGGCAGGAUGUGAGAGCCUCUCCUGAUGGACACACGUGCCUGCUUUACUCCCACGAAAAAAGUGCAUUCUACUCCAGUAUGAAAAGAAAAUCUUAUUUUUAUUAAAAAUGUGUAUAUAUGUGUUGGACUCAUUUUCUCUAGUUUCCUGAAGAAACAGAACCAACAGAAUGCGUGUGUGUCUACAGUUAAAUAGACAAUAUGUAUAUUAUAUACGUUUGUGUUUGACAGACAGAUUAAGGAAUUGCUCACAGGACUGUGGGCCUGGUGAGUUCUCAGAUGCACAGGGACAGCCUGGAGAUUCUGACGAGCUGGUGUUGUGGUUCAAUGCCAAAGGCCGUCGGGCACCAAUCCCCUCUUCUUGGGGAGACCUCAGUCUUAGCCUUCGCCUGAUUGGAUGAGCCCCCCCGCCCCCAAUUACGGAGGGUAAUCUCCUUCACUCAGUCACUGAUUUAAAUGUUAACCACACCUAACAAGUAAUUUCAUUGAGAUUUCCAGACUGAACUUUUGACCAAACAUCUGGGCCCCGUGGCCUAGCCAAAUUGACACGUGAAAUUAUCACUAUAUAUGUACGACUGAAAGAAAUACAUCAAUGCUUAUUUCUGUGUGAUUUUUCUUUUCUGUAUAUUUACAUUUCCUAAUUGUUUUUUCAAUGAACAUGCUGUAUUUUUCA